AUGAUUUAAUUUAUCUCUCCUCCUCAAAAUCAAUACGAUCAGUCAUUCUCUCUCUAUUGUGAUUUGGCUCCGAGAGAGAAGAAUCAGAUAAGGUGAAAUCUCGUCUGGGGUUUUGAGAGCUUUUGAUCUCUUUCUCAGGCAGGUCUAGCACCAUCUCUCUGAAAUUUAUUAUCAUAUCACCUCAAGUAGAAGGCAUGGCGGGACAUAAUGAUUCAAGUGCAGCAGAGAAAAAAUCAAGUGAGCUUACAAGUGACAUACCAACCUUCAAUGCUGAGAAUCUGCAAAGUAACAUGAAAAUUAUAUAUUACAGCCGGACUUUUCUGUCUAUCAUUGGUGGGGUCAUUGCUGGAAUUUUGGGAUUCACCGGCUGGACUGGGUUCAUCUUUUAUUUCCUUGUCAUGGCAAUCACUUCAGUUGGGCUAGUAGCAAAGGCAGGGUUUUCCAUUGAUUCGUACUUCAAUAGCUGGAACCAAGUUAUACUUGAUGGAUUUUUCAGUGGGCUUAUGUCAUUUGUGCUAUUCUGGACAUUUGCCUAUGACAUGGUGCACAUAUUCUGAUGCAUCUUGAAUGGAGGGAAAGCUGUGAUGAUGCUAUAACUGCUGCUUGCCAUGAUGUAUCUUCAAUCUUCAUUCCUCUGGGAUUUGGAAAUAGCUUCAAUAAGUUUGUAUCGGCUAAAAAUUUAUGUGGUUUACUCUAGUCUACCAUCUUUUUCAUUUCUCCUUUUAUAGUUUUCCAUAAAUACCAUUUGGCUGGAGGGACUUGUAUUGGUGGUGUUUGACUGUAGCAGGGAAUUUUUGUAUGAAAGCUGCUUUUGCAGGUUGGAGCAACA